CAGACGUGGGGACAGAGCCCUGCACGGCCACAGCCGCAGCCCCGGAGUGGCCACGACCCACAACCCGCCCGCGGAGGACGGGCCCGCGGAACGAGGCCCAGCCACGCGGAGGACGUCGCGGCGGCUCUGGCGCUGGUGUCGUUCCGCCGAGGACCCUUCGGGCUGUGCGUGGACACCGCGCCGGCCGUCAGCAGAGACGGUUUGAUUUCUCCUUUCCCCAUCCGUAUGCCUUUCAUCCCCUUUCUCGCCCUGUUGCCGUGGUGACGCCACGACCGAGAGUGGCAAGCGGGGGCGCCGUCGCCUUGCUCCCGCUCUCGGGCGACGCGGUAGGUUCCCUGCACGUGCGCGUGACCAAGUGUGGGAAGUCCGCAUCUCCUGUUUGCGAGCGUGUUUAUCACGCGCGGGUGUGGAGCUUUGUCGGAUGCUUUCCUGGGAGGAUCGGUACGGUCACCGGAUGACGGAGACUGACGUCUGGGUUUGGGACCCGCACCGCACGCCCCGAGUAAACCCCACUUGGUCGUGGGGCUUACUGUUGAAUUUGAUGAGCUGAUAUUUUGCGAAGGGUUUUUGCACCUGUAUUCACAAGAGCAGCUUCAGGUUCCUAGCAAAGCCGAGUAGAAAGGACGGGGUCCCCCCGACACGCACAGCCUCCCCCACUGUCGACGCCCCCACCGGAGGGGGCAGUCGAUGAACCUGCCCUGACACGUCACUGUCACCGGAGUCCAGAGUUCACAUCAGGGCCACUCCUGCUUCUGCACCUUCCAGGGCUUGGGUGGGUAUAUCAUGACACGUAUCUGUCACUGUAAUGCCACACAGAGUUGCGUUACAUUGCCCUGAAAAUCCUCUGCGCUCUGCCUGCUUAUCCUGCCCCCCCCAUCAGGAGGACACCCCGGAUGUGGCCCCAUCGGCACCAGGGCUGUGGCAGGUGGGUCGAAAACAAAACGAGCCACAAACAGCCGACACCCCGGAAAAGCCCCGCACGCCGGGCGCUGACCAGAGAACAGGACCCAGGGCGGCUGGGGGCCCGGUGGGGAUCCCCCGGAGGCCGCCGGCGAGGCCUGGCUCAGCGAGGGCACGGCAGACCGAGGAGGGACGGGAGCACAGGCAGCGCUGCAUCCGGCAUCGGACGUUGGGGCCUGAGCUGUGCAGGCCGAGGAUUCUGGCCCAGAACCGGAGCGAAGGGGGCCAGCCAGGAGGCCGGGAGAAACGUGCUGCCCGCCUGCGCCCGGGGCAUCCGGCUUCAGGCCCUGGAGAGCCCGGCCCGGCCCGCCUGGCCACGGGCUGCAGCCCUGCUCAGCCUCCGCCAGGGGCCCGGGCAGGGUCGAGACGUGCUGCAGGUGUGGAUGAGACCAUGAGCCUCCCGCCAGGCCAGGGCGAGGGAGCCAGCCCGGGAAAUGCCGAUGGCCUCGUGCUGGGGAAAGCAAAACCCUCGGGGACAGGCACGGGGCCCUCGACAGCGCAAGAGCAGGAAAUACAUAGGGACUUUCUAUGUCAAAGGGCCUCUGGUAGGCACCCUGUACCAGCGUCCUCAGCCACCGCCCCGCCACCCGGAGGCCCUGAGUCCCCGGGCAGACCCCGGCCACUCGCUGGUCAUGCCGGGGUCUGGGGGCCGCGACCCUGGCCUGCAGGUGUGGAAGCCCACGCUGAGACCGAGUUCCCUGGGGACACGCCUCCCAGAACGUCCCCACCUGCUCCUGCCCUGCUGAGUGUGCAGAGAACAAGGGAGAAUGUGACCCGCUUUGGGGCCGGAGGGCGUCCCCUGCAGAUGACGUGCGAGGAACGGAAAGCCCCCAACUGUCCCUCGACGGAGGCAGGCCAGAGGCCAGACGGGCCGCCGCGUGCAGGCACCUGCACAGUGUGCCUUGUAUCCUGCAAGUUCAAUUAUUGUGAAGGAGAAAAAAGCAAAACUUCCCAUCAGAGAGGAAGCAGACAGGCGUGAGGCCGGCAGCGGGGCGCUGAGGCGGAGCCCUGCCCUCUGCUCGCCCAGCUGGGGUUUGAAUUCGAAUCUUAAUAAAACGCAUAUGUUAGUUUUUAUAUUAAAAUAGGAAACAAAAUAUAAUAGAAAAUAUUUACAAUACCCAUCAAAGAUCAAAAUUAGGAGUGAAGAUAAGAAAAAAAUCCGCAGUACCCACGCUUUUCAAAAAGAAGAAAUAAAUAGAUAUACCAUGUUCCUGGAUUUAAUUUCUCAGUUGCGUUUUAAAAUGUCAGGUCUUCCUUAAUUUAUAAAGCUAAUAUAAUAUCGAUUAAAUUGCCAAAGGGGUUAGUAUAACAGGAAAAGUGGAAACCAUAAAGAAAAAAACAACCGAUUUGACUUGAUGAUGAAAGACAUUUGUAUAUAAAAAUGUCAUAAAACACAUGGAUACGACACGCUCGGGAAAAUACGUGAC